AUGGAGGACCUCACCAACUUCCUCGCCGCCAUCGGUGAGGAAGUCGAAGAUGCCGAAGAGGAAUCCUUUCUCCUCUUCGCGCAAGACAUCCCCUCCGCCAACCUGGGAUUUGUCGAUUCCCGCGCCACAACCCUCGACAUAGCCAUCCACGGGCAUGACUACACCAUCCAUCAGUCGCCGACGCUGCUGUCGUCGUCGCGCGCAGGCGGCACCACCGGCGCAGUCCUCUGGAAAAUCACCCCCCUCUUCGCCGAAUGGAUCUCCGCCCUCCACUCCAACCCCCUCUGGCGCCACGCCCUCCUCACCCCGUCCUCCACCGUCGUCGAGCUGGGCUGCGGCAUCUCCGGCCUGAUCGCCCUCGCCCUCGCCCCCGCCGUGCGCCACUACAUCGCCACAGACCAGGACUACGUCCAGCGUCUGCUGCGGACAAACCUCGACGCGAAUGCGAACGCUAGCGCGCCCGCCGCGCGGCGCAAGCCCACCCCCAGCGGGCGGAAACGCGCCGCGCCCAAAUCCUCCACCGCGGCAGCAUCCCCUGCAAACAUCACCUUCACCACGCUGGACUGGGAGCUAGACGUCGCGGCGUCCCUGAAGGAGAGCGUGCAGUUGGCGCCGGCUGCGGACGGAGCCGCCGACGACCUCGACGACAGGGGGUUUGAUCUGCUACUCUCGUGCGACUGUAUCUACAACGAGGCGCUGGUUGCGCCGUUUGUGCGCGCCUGCGCCGAGAUCUGUGGUCUGCGGCCGGCGUAUACGCCUGCGUCGGAAAUGCCGACGGCGCCGACGCGCCGGCCGACGAUCUGCAUCAUUGCGCAGCAGCAGCGCUCGCCGGAUGUGUUUGAGGCGUGGCUGCUGGAGGCUAUGAAGGUGUUUCGGGUGUGGCGGGUGCGCGAUGAGGUGCUGGGGCCGAAGUUGCAGCACGGGUCUGGGUAUCUGGUGCAUUUGCUGUUGUUGCGGGAGCAGCCGUUACCCGGGAGAGGAGGUAGGUAG